GGAAGCGUGCAACAGCCAGCGAAACAGAAAUGCAGGGAGUUUGAGGUAGAGGGUGGAAAAUCAGAGGCCCUCCGCCAACCGAGGGUGAGAGAGAACGAGGGCAAGGAUCCAGCGGAAGCAAAGAAGCGGGAUCGAGAAGGGGAGGUUGUCGGAGUGAGCGAACAUGCCUGAGAAAGUUACAGAACAGAAAGGUAGAACAGCUGAGAAAGACAUCUCCUGGACGUUGCCUCUCGAGAGAUCGCAGGAUGUCCUCUGAGACAAAAGGGAUUGGUCAGCGCCGGCCUCAACCAACUCGGUUGCAUAAUGGAUUACGACAUCAGGGAGAUGCGGGUCAACAUCUGGACAGAUCUCAAGCGGACAUCCCCGCUUAUUUUUGGACGGGCCACGUAAUGAGCACCUGUGGACCGAAGCAAGCAAAUUCCACCUGCAAUGGAUAUGAUCGGAGGGGUCACGUACGGCUAGACAAGAGCUGUCAGGCAGAGUUAAUGAGGGUGCAGUGGAACCGGUCCAUUGGGAACGGACUGCAACAUAACAGAGUCUCUGUGAACUACAGCUUGAGAGAAUGCAGCUUUGUGGACCGCCAGCGCCAGACCGAGCCACACCUCUCCUCGAGGAAGUGUGUUUUGGACACGCCAGCACAGUUCAGAGGUCACGGAAACUGUGGGUUGCCUGUUUGUGCGGCCAAGCAACAAUCAGGCUCUGUGAGAGAGGCCCUCCUUAAGGAGCCGAAUGCGUCGGACUGGACAAGAACAAGUGACUUUGAUAGCGUACUUUGCACUUCUAAUGGUAGAUCUGCAGGAGAAGACUUGAACCUGGCGCAUAAAGUUAUGUUCUCCGCCAAGGAUAACAAUAGUACCCACCAGCAAAUAAGAUACCAGGAAGACAUUGCCAUAGGGGAUGUGAACGGACCAGGAAAGACAACGAGCUCUAAGCGGAGCCAAAGGGCAAUACAAGACCAGAUUCAAAACGUGGUGGUGAACCUCGAAGAGGUUCUUCGUGGCCUGAAAGAGAUACAUCUGGAAAUGAACGAGGUUGUCCAGCAAAUAGACCAGCUGACUGCAGACAUUGAUAUGGGUGAAGACGAUCCAGGUGACGCUUUGACAAGUAAGAUGGAGAUGGAGGUUCCUGAAUCAGAGUCUACUAGAUGUGGGGACAGUGUAGCGCCAUGUUCAUCAAACAAGGCCCAACCCACAAACCCCAUCAGGGAUCAAGCGCAAUCACUUGGAUCAACUCAGGAAAUGGUCCAUUCACAAAGACAUGAAUUGAGAACCACUACCGGAUGGCGGGAACAGAAGCCCCCUCCCUACCCGUACCCCAGCACAAUGGGAAGAGUGGACAAUAAAGCAAAAGGCCAGAAAGCACCACCUUACCCUUUCAGACGAAGACUACUCUCUACUAUUGUUUGAGUCAUUUCAUGCCAUGAACUAGAACAACAUGCACCGUUAUGGAAGAAAAAGCUGUACAUGGUGCAACGAGCAGCUUUUCAGUAAAAAUCGAAGGAUUCUGACCAAGCCUGAAAACAUUGUGGGAAUUCUCAACGAAAAGCUCAACGACAUCAGAAGAUCAGAAGCCGUCUGGGACUGAGCGAGAGAAAGAGAGGAGAUAAGUGACACAAGACAGAGUACACUGAAUAAAACAGAAAGAGACAGGAGUCUAUGGAGAUGUAUUCACACAGGUGACAAUACCGCCAGGACGGCACCGUGGGCUUGCUACUGAGAAUCUCAAUGUCACCUGAAGAUGCUGUCGUGACUUCUUGAUGUGCAAUCACGGCUGACUGAUUUUGAUCUGAGCUUUAGGAAUCUGAACUGAGGUUUGAUCUUAAGGCAGAUGUCAGUGUCGACAUGCCCUUCAAAAACAUUUUUUAUGUGCCGAGUUCAUAAAUAAAAAGUUACAUUGUGAAUCGUCUCAGUCUGCUGUGUCAAAGCAUUGAAAGCAUGUCUACAUAUUGAGUCAUAUGCUUUAACGGAUUGCAGGAUGUUUUAGUGAGUGAUUGAGGCGCUAUCAAAUCAUGAAGAAUUGGCGCUUUUGAAUC